AUGGGAAAAUCUUCUAAGGAUAAACGUGAUGCUUAUUAUAGACUCGCUAAAGAGCAAGGGUGGCGAGCGAGGAGUGCUUUCAAACUAUUACAGCUUGACGAAGAAUUUGAUCUCUUCGCCAAUGUAACUCGAGUUGUGGACUUAUGUGCUGCACCUGGUAGUUGGUCGCAAGUCCUAUCUAGGGUUUUAAUUAAAGGAGAGAAAUUCGGUCGAGCAGCUUGGCAAGAUCGCGAUGCUAGAUUCCGUCAACAGAUGCUGGGACUCUUCGGCCCUCUACCCACCGCAAACAAACCAGAACCCUUAAGUUCACAGCAACCAUCCACCGUGCUGAAUCCUCGUCAAGAUGUCAAGAUUGUCUCAAUCGAUUUACAGCCUAUUAGUCCAUUACCAGGGAUUGUCACGCUACGAGCUGAUAUUACUCACCCGGCUACUGUUCCGUUGCUUCUAAAAGCGUUGGACUCUGAAUACGACUCGAAAACUAAGAGUCAACAGGCUGCUCAUCCGGUUGACCUAGUACUUAGCGAUGGUGCCCCUGACGUAACCGGGUUGCAUGAUCUAGAUAUUUAUGUGCAAUCACAGCUUCUCUUCGCAGCGUUAAACCUAGCACUAUGUGUCUUAAAGCCCGGAGGGAAGUUCGUUGCAAAGAUCUUCAGGGGAAAGAAUGUGGACGUACUCUACGCACAGCUCAAAAUAUUUUUCGAAAAAGUUCAUGUUGCGAAGCCAAGAUCUUCGCGAGCGAGCAGUGUGGAAGCAUUCAUCGUGUGCUUAAAUUUCCAACCUCCCAAAGGAUUCUCGGCAAGCCUUGAGGAGCCGCUUGGCGUUGGUUUCCGCCUAUCGAAAAUGACGGAGCAGAACUCUGCGGUAUUACCCGUUACCGCAAAGACUAUUCUACAAAACCCAGAAACGGGCGCAUGGAAUAAUACACCAGCAUUUAUUUCAGCAACAGAUAAGGACGGUAUCGCCGAAAUUCAACUAGAAGAUCACCGUCCGAAAUAUGAAGGAGAUGUCAGAUGGAUUGCACCUUUCAUUGCUUGCGGCGACUUAUCUGCAUUUGAUUCUGAUGCUUCAUAUCGCCUCCCACCAGACCAUGUCUCCCUAGACCCAAUUCAACCACCAACUGCACCGCCAUAUAAACGUGCUCUGGAAAUGAGAAAGGCAUUCGGGGGCGCCUACGGAAAGACAAGCAAGGAAUGA